UCGAUUGUACUCAAGAAACGAAAAAAGAGAAAAAAAAAAAAAAAGGAAAACCAAUCUCCCUUUUUAUUUGUAUCUUCAGAAAUGGAAGAUGAAGAUCAGAAGGAGUUGCAGCUCCUUCCGACGCCUCACACCAUAGCGUCGUCGUCGUCGUCAUCGCACAUGUCGUCCCGCCCGUCCGCGUCGUCGAUGAGGUUCCGGUCGGAUCCGUAUGAAGCGGGUCCAGGAUCGCUGGACCUGCAGCUAUCGAUAAGCGUGAGGCCAAUCCGGCCUACGGCGGAGUGCGUGUUCAAGUACGAGGAGGUGAUGAAGCCGGAGGCGGCGAGCUGCGUGGAGGCGCUGAAGUGGCAGGCGGCGGAGCAAAUAAGGCUGGCGGCGAUGGAAAAGGCGUACGCGGAGAGAGUGAGAGAACUGACGAAGAGGGAGAUAGAAUUGGCGCAGACGGAAUUCGGAAGGGCUCGACAGAUGUGGGAGAGGGCGCGAGAAGAAGUGGAGAAGGCGGAGCGUAUGAAAGAGAGAGCCACUCGGCAAAUGGACUCUACGUGCAUGGAGAUCACUUGCCAAUCUUGCAGGCAGAGGUUUCGGGCUUCUUAAUUAAAAUCAUAAUCAUAAUUUAUCUCAUUAAUUACCCCCUUAUUUUCUUCUCUUCUUCCUCAUCCACUUAUCAUAGCUUAAUUAUUAAGCCUUAUGCAGAGUUUGUUUCAACCC